UUUAUUUGUCAUAUUAUUUUGUGACCCCUACACUGCUGGAACUGAGAAAAUUAGCAACUAAGGAGUGGCCAAAAGGUUUCUCAAGAUGAAGCAAAUAAAGGAGGAAACUGGAAUUGGUGGUGCAAAAACAACUCAGGCGAGUCCGCCGCCUCCUCCUCCACCACUGCCACUUCCAAGGUUCUGGAUUAAGAAGACCAUUACAGAAAGUGUGACAAACCAAGAGAUUGCCAGAUUCUGGAGGCAGAAGCGCAUUGAUGAAGAGGAUCACCUCCUUGCUGCUAUCAAGGCUGCAGCUCGUAUGAGAGCCCGCAAUCUUUCAGAGGAAGACUACAAGCGCUUUGAAGAGUCCUUGAAGGAUGAGGACGAAUAUGCUAAGGAGAACCACACCACGGCUGCUACCAAUGACAGCAAGAAGGAUGAAAAGAACAAUGAAAUUCGUGUGGGAAUAAAGGACUGGUGGACAAAAAGCAAGUAUGCCUACUUAAACCAACCAGCCAUCGAGUCCCUGGAUCCUCCCAAAAGAAAAACCUCCUCUUACAUCCCCAAUUGUUUGUCUUAUAAGCCAACUCCCCUAUAUCCUACCACUCUUGGCGUGUUUUAAGACCACUGGAGCUGCUUCAAUUGAUUGUAUUUGCUUUGAGUGAAUAAACGUUGUCUGCUGUGCGUGAACUGUAUGGUUUUGCUUAUAGUUAUUGUAAUACUCCAGUCUCAUGUUGAGAGAUUAUCAAAGCACUCGUGAGGGUUAAGUCUCAGAUUGGGUCCUUAUUAUGUGAGACGGAGCUUUAUAAGUAAUUCUAUAGAGUUUCAUUUACAACUUAAAUAAUCAUUUUAGAGUGAUAACACAUGUAUAAGUAGCGCUUUUCUUGGGUCGUUGCAGUUAUGUACUUUUCAAUAAUUAUGCUUGCAUAUCUUGUAGGCUUCUAGACAAAUCAUAGAGAAUUGAAUUGGGAUGUUA